AUGGUCAUAUACCUCAUAGAUGAGGGGGAAAUUGCAAAUAAUGAGAGUAUUAGGAUAAAAUAUUUCCCAAGUUCUCUUAUGAAGAACGCCUUUACGUGGUUCACCACAUUACCAGCGAAUUCCAUUGACACUUGGACUCGUUUGGAAAGACUGUUCCAUAAGCAAGUUUACAUAGGGAAGUCGAAGAUAAGUCUGAAAGAGUUGGAUAGUAUCAAACAAAAGUUUACUGAAUCAAUAGAUGAUUACCUGAACAGGUUUCGUCUGCUUAAGGCAAGAUGUUUUACGCAAGUGCCUGAGCAUGAAUUGGUCGAAAUGACCGUUGGUGGCCUCGACUAUUCUAUUAGGAAAAAGUUGGAUACACAACACCUGAGAGAUAUGGCCCAGUUGGCUGAUAGAGUUCAGCAGGUAAAGCGUUUGAAGGCUGAGAAAGCCAAAGCAAACAAAAACAAUAGGAAGGAUAGAAUAACAUAUGUCGAAUUAGGCAACGACGAACUUGAAAUGUUUGGGGAACAUGUAGAUUUUGACGAAAGUGAGAUCAAUCUUGCUGAACUAAAGCAAGGACCACCAUAUUCCUGCAAAGUCCUGACUCCCUCGAGCGGAAAAAAUCCAGUCGAACCAGAUAAGGAUACUAGGUUCCCUAAGAAGACUUAUACCUUCGACAUCACUAAAUGUGAUAAAAUCUUCGAUUUACUUGUUAAAGAUGGUCAAAUGAUAGUGCCUCCUGGCGCUAAAAUUCCCCCUCUAGAACAAAUAUAA